AAGUCUCCACAUCAAAAUUUUACUUUUAUCUGUGCCAAUAAUUAUUUAGCAGAUUUCAUUCUUCGUGAUUGUGAUUUGUGAUAUUUCGAAAGUUAUUAUUUACAAUAAAAUAAUAUCAAAAUGGUCUUGGAAAGUACUAUGAUUUGUGUCGACAAUAGUGAUUAUAUGAGAAAUGGGGAUUUCCUACCUACUAGACUGCAAGCUCAGCAAGAUGCUGUUAAUUUGGUAUGUCACUCCAAAACAAGAUCGAAUCCAGAAAAUAAUGUUGGAUUACUGACUCUGGCAAAUGUGGAGGUCCUGGCCACGUUAACAAGCGAUGUUGGCCGAAUAUUAUCCAAGCUUCAUCGAGUUCAACCCAACGGAGAUAUUAACAUUUUGACGGGUAUAAGGAUUGCACACUUAGCACUCAAACAUCGUCAAGGAAAAAAUCAUAAAAUGCGUAUUGUAGUUUUUGUCGGAUCACCUAUAAAUACCGAUGAGAAGGAACUGGUUAAGUUGGCUAAAAGGCUGAAGAAAGAAAAGGUCAAUUGUGACGUCAUCUCUUUUGGUGAAGAUUCAGACAACAAUCCGCUUCUAACUUCUUUUGUUAGUACUUUGAACGGAAAAGAUAACUCAUCUGGCGGAAGUCAUUUAGUAUCCGUACCGGCGGGUGGGUGCGUUGUUCUCUCAGAAGCAUUGAUCUCUAGCCCUAUUAUUGGUGGGGAUGGUGCUGGUCCAUCAGGAUCUGGUUUGUCACCCUUUGAAUUCGGUGUGGAUCCCAACGAAGAUCCUGAACUCGCUCUAGCGCUCAGAGUCUCUAUGGAAGAGCAGAGACAGCGUCAAGAAGAGGAAUCUCGACGUCAACAAGCCAAUGUUGAGGGUGAAGCAGCUAAGACGGGGGAGACACAAGACACUGGAAUGGAAAGAGCUUUAGCUAUGUCGCUAGGUCGUGAAGCUAUGGAAUUAUCUGAAGAAGAACAGAUUGCUCUUGCCAUGCAAAUGAGUAUGCAGCAGGAGGCUCCGCAGACUGAGGAGAGCAUGGAUGUAUCUGAAGAAUAUGCGGAAGUAAUGAAUGAUCCAGCAUUUCUACAAAGUGUGCUAGAGAAUCUUCCUGGAGUCGAUCCACAGAGUGAGGCUAUAAGAAAUGCUAUGUCCACCAUCAAAAAGGACAAGGAUGAAAAAGAUGACAAAGAUCAAAAAGAUAAAGAUGGAAAAGGUUCAAGUUCAAAAGAAAAGUAGAAACAUUUUUCCAUUUUUUUUAUUUAUACACAGUGUUGUUGGUAAAUUUGAGAAUCCUGUAUGUCGCUGUUGCUAUAUAAGCUUAGAAUAUAAAUAUUAUUAAUUCACAAUAACUAUGUUUAUUUCCAUGAAAUCCAAUUAAGCCCCUCUAUUUUGUCAUAUUCUGUAAUCAUUACAAUAAAAACAAUAAAGAAAAAGAUAUAUAACAUGUAAA